GCUGCUCCUCCACCUGCCGCUGUAUAAACUUCCGGUGUGACCGGAUGCUGGUUCUCUUCCACCGGUCCGAGCCAACAUGGGUCGCGUCAGGACAAAGACCGUCAAGAAGGCCGCCAGGGUCAUCAUCGAGAAAUACUACACACGCCUGGGCAGCGACUUCCACACCAACAAGAGGGUGUGUGAGGAGAUCGCCAUCAUCCCCAGCAAGCCUCUGCGCAACAAGAUCGCAGGAUAUGUGACUCACCUGAUGAAGCGGAUCCAGCGCGGUCCAGUCAGAGGAAUCUCCAUCAAGCUGCAGGAGGAGGAGAGAGAGAGGAGGGAUAACUACGUCCCCGAGAUUUCUGCUCUGGACCAGGAGCUGAUCGAGGUCGACCCCGACACCAAAGAGAUGCUCAAGAUGCUGGAUUUCGGUGGCCUUUCAAACCUUCAGGUCACUCAGCCGACCAUCGGGAUGAGCUUCAAAACUCCACGAGGGCUGUGAGGUCUCCCAAUAAAAGGAUGAAAGUGAUG